CAUUUAAAAUGAUAACCUGAAGAAUGAAAUAUUGGAUCAAUAACACAUUCUGUUGCAAUGCAACAGAGUUUGAUCAAUAAGUUUAUAGAUAAAAAAUAAAUAGCAAAUUUUUGGUGAUACUCCUGUUUCAUUUAUUCAAAAAUGGGAAAUACAGAGAGUAAUGUUACCAGUGGUGUUAAAAAACAAGCUGGGGCUUCUAUGCAAGCCAUUUAUAAAUUAUGUAAUUUAAAAGGUGGUGGUCUACUUGUUGAGCUCAUGAAAAGAGCUGCACAAAACAAACAGUACGCUGAAAUAGAUCAUGCCAUAAAAACCAAGGUUGAACAAUUUCUUUACAAUAAAGGACAAGGGCGUUAUUUUCCAAUUGUGGAUCUAGUUUUACUGAGAAACGCUGAGAGAGGACGUCAUAAAUUGGUGAGUAGAAAGUCUGACGACUGUAUGAUCACUGAUAAUUUUUUCUGCUUUCAGCUGCCCCCUUUACGGGCAAUGGAGAAUCCGGAAGAUUAUGAAAUAAAUGAAAACGCACCAGAAGUUACAGAAGAAGAAUACCGCAAAAAUCCGCAUCUCUACAGGCACGUUUGCUGGAAAAUAAAGGAGAGAGGAGCAGUUGGCGAAACAAUUUUACAUUUAUGUCUCCUGAAUGCAACUUCCUUGCAUGCUGACCUCGCCAAGAGACUUCUUCGAUUUUACCCCAGACUGAUAAAUGAUAUUUACAUGUCAGAUGAAUAUUAUGGGGAAAAUGUGCUUCAUAUUGCGAUAGUGAAUGAAGAUCCUGGAAUGGUUAAAUUUCUCUUGGGCUCCGGGGUCAACUUCCAAGAACGUUGUUUUGGAAAUUUCAUGUGUCCAGAAGACCAGAAAUCCUCAAGAACAGAUUCCUUAACCCAUGAAUGGGUAAACGUUUGCCCGGAAACCAAUUACGAAGGAUACGUCUAUUGGGGUGAAUAUCCGUUAACCUUUGCUGCAUGUUUAGGGCAAGAGGAAUCUUUCAGGCUCAUAUUAGCUAAAGGCGCGGAUCCCAACGCUCAAGACACCAAUGGAAACACCGUGCUUCACCUUUUAGUCAUUUAUGAAAAACUCGUAAGUUUUUCCUCAAUAUUCAAUUCAAUUGAAAAAAACUAUACGAAUUUUCAGGAAGCUUUUGACAUGGCAUACGAAGUUGGAGCGAAGCUUUCCAUUAGGAAUGUUUUGCAGUUAACACCUCUCACAUUAUCAGCUAAACUGGCUAGAGUAGAAAUAUUCUUUCACAUUUUGAAUAUAGAGAGGGAAAUCUACUGGCAAAUUGGUAGCAUUACUUGUGCCGCUUAUCCUUUAUCACAAAUUGAUACUAUUGAUGUAGAAACUGGAAGAAUCAGUAAAGUGUCGGCUUUAAAUUUGGUUGUUUUUGGUGACAAAGACGAACAUUUGGAGCUUUUGGAUGGGGUUCUGAUAGACUUGUUGAAAACGAAAUGGAACACAUUCGUAAAAUUUAAAUUUUAUAGGCAAUUCUUCACGUUUGCGUUUUAUUUCUUGAUAUCUUUGGUAGCCUUCACUUUGAGACCUGGACCUCCCAUGCAACAUCAUCAAACAUCAAACAAGUCGAUGAAUUCAACGAACCAUCCUACCAAUCUCUUGAACCAUACCAUAAUUGACUUCAAGAUUGAAAACCUCACCUUAACAAAAGAUGAUGGCAAUGUGGAUAUGGAAGAAUGGUGGGAGAAUUUACAAGAGGAAUGUAGAUUGAUGGAUUUGUCAGCUAGGGAGUCGCAAAUAAGAUUCUUCUGCGAAGUUGCAAUGACAAUUGGCGCAUUCAGUUACCUUGCAGCUGCUGUAAGAGAAGCGAGAUUUUUGGGAUUAAGAAUGUUUUUCGAGAAUUUGAUGACGGCACCAUCAAGGGUGAUGUUCCUCUUUUCCUGCAUUCUCAUGCAAAUUGUACCUUGGUUAAGAUUAGCCUGUCAAGACGAAUUCGAAGACUUCAUUGCAGUCAUCAUUAUGCUCACAACAGCUCCUUAUUUUUUGUUUUUCUGCAGAGGUUUCAAAACUGUUGGACCAUUUGUUGUUAUGAUUUACAGAAUGGUGAUGGGAGAUUUGAUCAGAUUUGCAACCAUAUAUUUGGUCUUCGUUAUGGGAUUUUCACAAGCUUUCUAUUUGAUAUUUCUUUCUUAUGACAAUCCACUGACCCCAGAUGAUGUUGACGAUUCAGCAACAAAUCCAAUGUCUACACCGAUUGAAUCAAUAAUGGCCAUGUUUCUGAUGUCAAUGACGAAUUUCGGUGAUUACUAUGGGGCCUUCGAAAAAACAGAACACGAAAUUUUAGCGAAGUUUCUCUUUGUAAUGUUUAUGGUGAUCGUUUCCAUCUUGUUGAUAAACAUGUUGAUUGCGAUGAUGGGAAAUACCUAUCAGAAGAUAGCAGAAACUCGAAAUGAAUGGCAAAGACAAUGGGCUCGAAUUGUUCUGGUAGUUGAAAGAGGUGUUAGUCCUGAAGAAAGAUUGAAACAGUUGAUGGUUUAUUCUCAACCCAUGUCAGAUGGUCGAAGAGCACUUGUUCUUAGAUUGAAUCAAUCGAAUGAAGAUAAAGAAGAAAUGAAAGAAAUACUUGAGAUGAAAAGACGCCACGAUAGAAAUCUCAAGAAAAGAGAGGAAAAGUUACAGAAAUGAACAAAAUUAUUUAAACAAACUGUGAAUAAAA